GACACCAUCAAAAUGUAAUUCAGCAAGCGAAUUCAUUCAAAUGAGACAGCGUAUCGUGACUACCUACUUGUAAUUCGCCUUUCUCUCUCGACGCUCCCACGCGUACUGUAACGCCAGCAGCGCCCCACGACGGCAAUUGAUUAUCAUGCGCCUGUACGUCGGCAGUCUGCCCAACGGCUACCGUCUCUCGGAGCUGCUGCAGCUUUUCGAGCAGUAUGGAUGUGUAUCACGUGUGACGGCCAUACGCGAUUUUGCCUUCCUGGCCAUGUACGACAACGAGGCGGCACAGGCCGCCGUCAACGCCCUGAACAGCAGCUCCUUCAUGAACCAGGAGAUCAUUGUAGAGAGGGCGCGUUUCCCACGGGGCCGCUUCCAGAAUAACCGCCGAUACCGUGCUGCAGGAGUGCAGGAAGGAGAGGGCGAGGAUGCAACGUCUGUGCAAGGUCAGCAUUAUGAUGGGGCUUAUCAGCAGCAGACUGGACGGCAGUAUGCGCCGAAUGGACAGGCCGUGUACCAGCAGGGCACCGUGGUCUACUCGCAGGACAACGCCGGUUACCAGGGAGAUGCAGCUGCGAACGGCGCGAACAAUAACGAUUGGGAGACCAGCGGACAGAAUUACCAGAUGUCCAGUACAGCCACGUCUAGUCGCGGACGGCGUGGCCGACGAGGCGGCCGCGGCGGAAACCAGCAAUAUCGCAACAGCGCGGACAACCAAGACUAUCAGGCACAAGUGAAUUACCAAAACCAGUCAUACAGUCUGAACGACACUGCUAACCAGCAGUACCCAGCUAACCACCAAAUGCAGUCUAACAUGAACAGUUAUCCAACGCGCGGUUUACGUGGGGGACGCCGCGGCCGCGGUCGUCGUGGUGGCGGUCGGGGCGGAAUGCUACGUGGGUCAUCCAGUGCGCUGCAGGCCAGUGAGCUGGACACGUCCGCAACGGCAGCCGUCAAUGUGGCCGGCGGCAAUGGAGCGGCAAUGGAGAAAGUGGGUGUAACCAGUUUAGACGGGGGCGAUCGGAUAAAAAUGUCCCCGGGUGCAGUUCCGCCGGCAGGUGGUCAGCAGUUUAUGAGAAUGCAACCGGCCGCGGUUGUUGGCGGCGCGGAGGCGGGGAAAAUGGGGCGCGGUGCGGGUGAUAUGUGAUUGUUUUGUAAUUUCUCCUUCGUAUGUAUGAAUAUGUAUGGCACAGGAAUAAUUUCAGGAAUAGUUAUGUUUUCUUCUGCUUCGGUGUUUCAGUUUCCAUUGCAAAUGCUCUCUUGCAGGUUUUUCAUUGGCAUAACACAUUUCUCAUUUUUUCUAGAAUGUCUUUGUUAAAUAUCUCUUCUCAAAUCUUUAAGAAAUGGAAGCACAACAUUUACCGAACUUACUACGUUGUAUAAUAUACACAACUUGUGUACUGGUGUAACAAAAGUACAAUUAGUAACAUAA